AUGGCUUCAAAAAAAUCCUGCGCGGACUUCGAUCAGAACGCUCUUAAAUUAAACAAACAAAUCAAUGUAACACAGGAGGAGCUUCAGCAGCAUAAGAAAAAGAAUGAAGAGCACAUCGCAGAGUUGGAGGGGAUUCAGGAGCGGCUGAAGAAUAUCACAAAGAAGUUACAGGAGACGGGGGCUGAGCAUAAGGACUGUUGUGGUUUGGCUGAUCCUGGUGAUGGAGAUGGAGAGAGAGAUGGAACUGGAGAUGGAGAUGCAGAUAUGACUAUUGAUGAAAACAAGGAUGGGCAGGUAGAUGUGUCGUGA